CGCCCCGUCCCCGCCCCCGGGCGGGUCCCGCCGAGUCCCGGUGCGGGAGCCCAGAGCCGCCGCGGAGCCGCCGCACGCAGGUGUUGGACCAGGAUUUGUUCUGUGGCACCGGAGCUGUCGGCUCUGCUGGGCAGGAAAAAUGUCAGACGGUUUCUCCUUAUCCGAUGCCUUGGCCAACAGCAACAACCCAGCCCCCUGUGCCCCCCCUGCCCAGGGCUGGCCCUCCUGGGGGAACCAACCAGCAGCUCCUGGGACAUUCCCAGGGUAUCCUGGAGCACCAGGGGCCUAUCCUGGAGCACCAGGGGCCUGUCCUGGAGCACCAGGAGCGUACCCAGGAGCACCUGGAGCUUAUCCUGGAGGACCAACAGGACCAGGAGCAUACCCGGGAGCACCUGGAGCUUAUCCUGGAGGACCAACAGGACCGGGAGCAUAUCCAGGAGCACCUGGAGCUUAUCCUGGAGGACCAACAGGACCAGGAGCAUAUCCAGGAGCACCUGGAGCUUAUCCUGGAGGACCAACAGGACCAGGAGCAUAUCCAGGAGCACCUGGAGCAUUCCCUGGAGCGCCAGCAGCAACGGGGCCGUUUCCCACCCCAGGACAACCAUCCAGUGGCUCUGGAUUGGGGCCUUCUGCUCCUCAGGGAGGACCAACUCCUCCAAUGAAAGUCCCCUUUGAGCUGCCCCUGCAGGCAGGACUCGUCCCUCGGCUGCUCAUCACCAUCACUGGGACCGUGAACCCCAACCCAAACAGGUUUUCACUGGAUUUCAAGAGAGGGGAUGACGUUGCCUUCCACUUCAACCCCCGCUUCAACGAAGACCACAAGAAAGUCAUUGUCUGCAAUUCCAAGUUCCAGAAUAACUGGGGGAAGGAGGAAAGGACAGCUCCCAGGUUUCCAUUUGAAGCUGGAAAACCCUUCAAGCUCCAGAUCCUUUGUGAGACGGAUCACUUCAAGGUGGCCGUGAACGAUGCUCACUUGCUGCAGUACAACUUCCGCGAGAAGAGGCUGAACGAGGUCACCAAGCUCUGCAUCGGGGGGGACAUCGCCCUCACCAGCGUCGUGCCCACCAUGAUAUAACUGGGGGGGAACUCUGGGCAAACUGUGCUCCUUCUACGGUCUAACAAAAGUGCCUUCUCACAGGACCAUUGUGGGGUAAUAAAACAUUUUACCUGAAAAA